AUGGCUGAAUUAUUAGAAACAGACCCCGACUCCGAAAUGGUCUCCUCCGCAGAGGAAGAGGAGGAAGCAGAAGUACUACCAGAGUCUCUGGUUUCAGGACGCGCAAAGCGUAGCACUGCUGGUUUACACAUGUCCGCAUUGAUCGAUGCAGCUGCCGAUGACGACCUUACUUUACUGUUCGAGGAAGUGGAGGACGACAAUGAUUUUGCAGUAGAUGAUGGGGCAGAUGAAGAGGAUAUGGGGUUGGAUUCUUCCUCAGACGACGAUGAGGACCAGGGUCCUAAUGCGAACGACGACGACGAAGGCGAGAAAGAAUUACAAAAGACCGAACGUAAAAAGCGUCGCACACAAAAUGACCUCCGAUUUCAAACCCUACGCAAGCGUGUCAAGAUCGAUCCUACUCUUACAACUACAAUCCCCGCACCUCCACGGCCGAAGAAGAAAUCCGAGCGAAUCUCAUGGCUUCCGACCGUGGAAGAUGGUCCGACACGAUCAUCAUCUCGACGGCAGACAAUGGUCAACAAGGAAAUGACGCAUGCUCGUCUCAAGGACAGCCAGGAGAAGCGAGUCCGGAUCAUCGCAACCAUGAAGGAGGCAGAGAAACGAAAGGCCCACCUUAAACCGAAAACGAUGACCCAGGAGGACCAUUUGGCAGUCGCCGAACGGAUUGAGCGAACCAACAGCAAGAGUUUGAAUCGAUGGGAACAAGCAGAAAGAAGGAAAGCAGAUGAACGACGGGCAAAGAUUGAAGCACUACAGAACCGGCGACUGGAUGGGCCGGUCAUGUCUUACUGGAGUGGAUUGGCUACAUGGGUGAAUGGUAACCUCACACGAGUGGGCCAAGCGGAGAUCAAGGCAAAGGAGAAGGAAGUGCCGAAGAAGAGGAAGACCGAGAAGGAGAAGGAGGAGAAGUCUGAGGAAAUAAUGGUUCUGAUCCACAAGACUCCAGGCGUUGAAGCUAUCACCGAUCCCUCUUCUACUGGCAUUGCUACUGCUUCUUCAGCGCCUGUUUCUGUGCCUGAUCCUGCGCCUGCGCCUGCGCCUGCUCUAUCCACAAACCAAACAUCUCAGUCUGACGGCACCUCAGCUCCGACAGCUUCAGAAGUUGCUACGGCCCCAGCGCCCAAUCUAACUCCAACCCCCAAUGUGGCCCCAGAAGCUGUCGACCAGGCCAGCAAACCAGAUGGAAAACCAAACGAAAACCCACCGGAUCAAAUUUCUCCCAAACAGUCAACAAUUGCACCAACGGACCCCGCAGUGAAUCAAGAAAAAGAGGAGAAAGAUGCAGACAAAAAGGCAGAAUCAGCGCAAGAGCGGGAAAAUUCCAACACACCUUCAGACCCCCCGCGCAAAUCUCCCCACGGCUACCCCAUACCUUACGUGGAGAUCAUAACUCGACGUGACCCUAGAAGCACCACUCCCAAUGUCCCAUCAUCUGAUAAACCGGCAAAGUUGCCUGUUACGGAUGAGGUCGAUGCUAUGAACAUGGAUAAGGCUGAGCCCAAAACGGGCGAACCAACCACCAGCCAAGUCAACCCUCCCUCCACAAGCACAGGCACAAGCACAGACACACCGGCAGCAUCAGAAACCGCCCAAAUCAAUACUUCCAGUGUACCGGAGCCCUCGUCGGAGCAGGUGACACUGCAAUCGGCCACAUCUGCGACCACGCCAUUGGCCCCUCAGGUCCCUCAAACCCCUCAAGACCCUCAAGCCCCUUUGGCUGAUGCAGCAGCCCUGCCCGCGCCACCCGAGAUUAAUGCGAUCGCGGGCCCUGGUGUCCCUGGACUAGAGCUCCCAAUUCAACCGCCCGCAGCUAAUGAAACACCAGCCCAACCCGAGAUCCCAUUACCCCCACCAAUCAUCGAAUACACCGGGCGUAACUUGACAAUCCUCGAAAACUUCGACGAUAAGACCGCGCACAGCAAGAAGUACAGUAUCUACUUUAACGCCAGGAGGCCUGCGCGAUUAUCCAAAAUCUCGUCUUCCUUGUGCGUCAUCACUUCAUUACCAUCUCGUUAUCGGGAUCCCGAAACCUCCCUUCCAUAUGCAAACUCUUUCGCAUACGGGCAAAUUCGAAGUCUUAUUUCGAAGGGGUACAUCUGGAGCUCCAUGCUAGGUUGCUUUGUAGGACCAGCAGAAACCGCAGCCCGUGGUGUACCCGCGCGAUUCCUGGGUAAAGAGAAGGGUUCCGACGAACAUGAUAAGGAACCAGAGAAGACCCCGGCCGAGUCAGCGGAGAAGACGGAACCAGUCAAGGCCGCAGCGACCUCGACCGACCCGAUGGACGUUGAUCGAUGA